AUGGCAUUGUUAGAGAGAAAAGAAGUUAAUUAUUUAUGCUUCAAGCGAACCAAGUCUAAAGAAAAGUUUACGGCAAUAGAGUACCUACUUCGCGUGCGUAAUAGACCCAGAGCUAAAGAACGGCUUCAGAAAGCCAAUGAAAUUGAAGAAGUGAACUACGAUAAAUCUAAAAUUGGCAAAAAGUACUCGACGAUAUUAAGUAGUUUGUGUAAUGUCGUGAUGUUAACCCGUAAGAGGUUUCAUAUCGUAACCACGUUGGUCCUGGCCGGGUUGAGCACGACCCUGGCGCUCGACAACGGACUGGCUCUGACGCCUCCCAUGGGAUGGCUCACGUGGGAGAGGUUCAGGUGCAUCACAGACUGUGAAAAGUAUCCUAAUGAAUGCAUCAGUGAGAGCCUAAUCAAGCGGACAGCAGACUUUAUGGUGAGCGAGGGUUACUUGGAAGCUGGCUAUGAGUAUUUAGGAAUCGAUGACUGCUGGCUAGAGAAGACGAGAGGACCUGACGGUCGCUUAGUACCAGAUAAAAAGCGUUUCCCGAACGGAAUGAAGGCGGUAGCGGAUUAUAUUCAUAGUAAAGGUCUAAAAUUCGGAAUGUAUGAGGAUUAUGGAACCAAGACUUGUGCUGGAUAUCCAGGAGUGCUAGGAAAUGAAAAGUUGGAUAUUGAGACUUUCGUAGAGUGGGAGAUUGAUUACCUUAAACUUGAUGGUUGUUACGUUAAUAUCUCACAAAUGGACGACGGAUAUCCAGCUUUCGGCAAAAUGUUGAACGAAACCGGUCGCUACAUCCUGUAUUCUUGCAGUUGGCCAGCAUAUAUGGAACCUGACUUUGUGCAUCCAAAUUACGAGUCGAUAGCCAAACACUGCAAUUUAUGGCGCAACUGGGAUGAUAUUGAGGAUUCCUGGUCGUCACUUACAAAGAUUAUGGACUGGUUUGGCGAUAACCAGAAUAGGUUUGCGAAAUAUGCAGGCCCUGGGCACUGGAAUGACCCUGAUAUGUUACUCAUUGGUAAUUUCGGACUCUCUCUCGACCAAGCUCGAGUGCAGAUGGCUGUGUGGGCGGUCCUAGCAGCCCCAUUGCUUAUCAGCACAGACCUAGCUACUAUUAGGCCCGAGUUCAAGGAGAUCUUGUUGAACAAAGAUAUAAUUGCUGUGAACCAAGACCCAAUGGGAAAACAAGGGUUGAGGGUAUGGAAGAAAACGGACCGGGGAACUAAAGCCCGCCUGGAGAUUUGGUCUCGUGAGUUACACGACGGCUCCUUCGCCUUGGCAUUUGUAUCACAGCGCGACGACGGCAUACCAUAUGCUGCCAGCUUCAACUUCGACGAUAUGAGCCUGACCCCGGCUGACUACGAGAUCUAUGAUCUUUACAAAGAUGAAAAGAUGCGCCUUUUAAAAUCAAACGAAGAUUUUGAAGUUCGUAUAAAUCCAACGGGUGUAAAAUUCUACAAGUUUGUGCCAAUGAGGUCAAAUGAAGAUGUCAAGAUUGCUGGUAUUACAACUAGGCCAGUGACAGCUGAUGCUGUUGUCAACUCUGUGUUAAAUAAGUUAGAUUAA